AUGCAGAUCAAGCGCAUCCUCCCCACUCUCCCGUUCCUCUUUGCCGGCGCUGCCGCUCAGAUCGUCUCCAUUCCGGGUCUCGAUGCCAGUCUCCUCCAGGGUGGCUCGCUCGUCAACCUCAACGCCUUUGCCAACGUGCUCGGAGGUGGCAGCUGCCCCGGCGCGACUGUCGGCGUUCGUGCUUCCGUCCUCGGCCUCGUCAAGGUUUGCGCCUGCGUCAAUGUACUUCAGCUCGGCUCGACUGACCAGGCCUGCCCGGCCUGCACGGCCAACGCAUCGCCCAUCUGCGGCGGUCCCGGCACCUGCGCCUGCGCCUGCAACGACGGCUACUACGCCACGGAGACCGGCAUCUGCGCGCCCAACAGCGGCUGCGCUCCGCCCAACACGCUCACCGACCUCGGCACCUACUCGGUCUGCACCUGCGCACCCGGCUACCUCCCUGACGGCGCAGGCGGCUGCAUCCUCACGCCCUCGGGACGCGCUCGCUCCCGCCACCGUCGCCAGUUCGGCACCCUCCCUCACCGUCGCAGCCAGGACGUCUUCGGACCCAAGUCGUCGGAGCGUCUUGUCCAGGGCGACGCGAACCUCAGCUGCCCUGACGGUGAGACUGCCUGCCCUCUUCCAUCGGGCGGCUUCGAGUGCGUCGACACGACCAACAGUCUGACUGCCUGCGGCGGCUGCGUCGGCUCUGGCUACACGGGCAAGAACUGCCUCGCCAUCCCCGGCGCUCUCUCCGUCCAGUGCGCCGACUCGCAGUGCCACGUCGGCUCUUGCUUCCGCGGCUGGCGGUACAGCAAGGACGGCUUCGGCGCUUGCGUCUAA